CAUUUUUGAUCUUGAUAAAUGCAACACCACACCAACUUUUGUUUAGUUGCCCUUUUUCUGCAGGUGAGGAGCAGUUAUCAGUACAUCUCCAUCAUCAUCAUGAGGACCAGUCACAUCCUUCUGCUUUGCAUCCUGGGAGCAGCACUGCUUUCUUCAGUGAUCUGCAGCAAUGGAACCGGUCCUGACGACUGCUGUUUCAAAUUCUACCCGAGGAAAAUUAACAAAAAACUCAUCCGUGAUUAUAUCCUAACUGAUAAUCGGUGCCCAAAAACUGGAGUCAUUCUGAUUACACAAAAGUCUCGUCACAUCUGUGCAGAUCCGAGUCUCUCGUGGGUUGAGAAUAUCAUGAAAUGUGUGGACGAAAAGACCCUUUAAAGCACCUGCUGCCUGCUCCUCCUUAUAGUUACUGCAGCCUUAUUUUGCUUUGUCAGAUCACAUUCUGUGAAAUGCAUGUAACAGUGUGGUCAUGAUUUUACCAUUAAUGUGAAAAUCUGUUUGAAAUAAUUAAAAAUGGAGCCUCUAGAUGGAGCCAUUUAGAGCUCUUUGGCACAUUGAUCAACUUAUCCUAUGUUUUUGUGAUUUCUUGUGAUUUCUUUUGAUGCUUUGUAUCGCCCACAGUAUCAUACAAUAUAAAGCUUGUACCAAUACAGUCAACAGUGUGAAAACUUU